UCAAGCAGCCUGCGCGGGCUGCUGCCCGAGUUUGCCCUUAGUGCUCAGGGAGCUGACGGUUUCCCGCCCGCCGACAGUUCGGGCCCAGCUUCAGGCGCCAUGGUGCAGCCCUGCGACCCGUCGUCCGCCUUCUUCGGCUUCAUGGGGGUGACCUCCGCCAUUGUUUUCGCCAACUUCGGCGCGGCAUACGGCACUGCCAAGUCGGGCGUGGGCAUUUCCUCCAUGGGAAUCAUGCGGCCCGAUCUGGUGGUGCGCUCUAUCAUUCCCGUGGUUAUGGCUGGCGUCUUGGGUAUCUACGGCCUCAUCACGGCCAUCAUCAUCAACGGCAAGAUGGCGCCCGCGGCCGGGUACUCCGCCUACCUCGGAUACGCGCACCUCGCCGCCGGGCUCACGGUCGGCAUGAGCUCCCUCGCGGCCGGCCUGGCCAUCGGCAUCGUCGGCGACGCGGGGGUGCGCGCCAACGCUCAGCAGCAGCGCCUGUUCGUCGGCAUGAUCCUCAUCCUCAUCUUCGCCGAGGCCCUCGGCCUGUACGGCCUGAUCGUGGGGCUCGUGGUGGCGAACGCCAGCAUCGACCCCAGCAAGCCGCUGUGCACCCCGUACAACCAGUGAGGGGAGGAGCGGCGCAGGCGAGUCCCAGCCGCGCCAGCGAGGGGGUCCAGCCACGUUGCCGCGUCGCGAGGGCGGUGCUACCCCGCGUCUCGGACGAGGCGCGGCGGCGGCGGCCUGCGCCCCAGCUGCUGCAGGGCGGCGGCCGGGGCCGCGCACAGCCCGCGCGGUUUUGAGGCGGCGGGGUGCUCCCCAGGCCGUGGAGGCCCGAGAGGCGCGCCGCGCCUUCUCGUGGAGAGCGUGCGGCAUCGGAGCGGUUUCGGCGGCUCUCCUGCUGCGGGGCUCGGAGGAGGCUUGGGCGCAGAAGGUUGUUCAGAAGGCCGGGUGCCUUCUGAGCCUUCUGGGGGGAGGCCCGCCCUCGCUGCCUUCCCCCCUCGGCACGCCUCCGAGGUGAGGCGAGAGCGGCGUUUCGCUGAGAAGGGCGGGAGUACCGUAUCUGAGUCACCAGUUUCGCCAGGGGCUGGGGCAACAGGACUUCCCUGAGUCAGGAACUCUGUGUGGCGCAGCAUCACUAUGAGUCGGGGGCACGUGUCCGUCGAGCACGGCGGAGCGCGGCGGAAAGACAGCAGCCACCAAGGUUUCGUGGAUGGUCAUUGGGUCGCGGGGUGCCAAAUGUGUCCCUGGCCCAAGGCGUCUCCAGCUUUUCGCGUCAUGUUGGGGCCUCUGAGGCGUUCGGGGAAAUCCUGUGGACACCUUGGGCCAGGGACACUAUUAAACGACCCAAAAUGGAGAAAGCGAAGUCAAGGCAGCGAAUGAGACCAC